GCCCACACGGCCGUAAUACCUAUCAGCGCAGCCGGGCAGGCCUUCUUGAUCAUCUGGAGUGACACGCUACUCGGGCUCUGAAAAGAAAGACAGAAAGAAAGCCAGCAGAAACCAAACCAACGUCGCGAAAAAUGGCCCCUCAAGAUUCCCCCGCAGAGGGAGGAGCACCCCCCGGAGCAGUAAACCUCGGCUCCCUCUCCUCGCAACAACUCCGCGCCCUCCAAUCCCGCAUCUCCUCCGAGCUGGAACACCUCACCUCCUCGCACGCCAAGCUGCGCGCCGCGCAGUCCAAGUUCCGCGACUGUGUGCGUUCUAUCAACGAGGGUGUCGUCGGGUCGUCGAAGAAGGGCACCGACGGACGGGAUGAUAUCCUUGUUCCGUUGACGAGCUCGCUCUACGUUAAGGGGAAGAUGGCGGAUCGGGAGAAGGUGCUUGUUGAUGUUGGGACGGGGUUUUAUGUUGAGAAGACUCCCGCCAAAGCUAUCGCUUUCUACGAUGACAAGGUCAAGGUUCUGGAGGCCAAUUUGACGGAGCUGGAGAAGAUCGUGCAGACCAAGAGCCAACAGCAGAGGCUGUUCGAAGAAGCUCUGAGGGUCAAACUGCUCAGUGAAGGCACACAAUCCCCUGCUGCCGCUACCGCGGGCGGUGGCUGAAUCUAUAUCAGGUUCCGUGUACAGAAUAUUAUAGUCGGAAAAAAUUUUACGAUAGACGAAAUGAUAUUUGCGGCUGU